GAAAGGAAGGAAAGUCAGUGUAUGUUACAUUUUGCUAUCUUGAUCUAGAACCAGCAGACUGAGUGACUUAUGUUAUGCCAGAUAAAUAACCAGUGUCCAUUUUUAAAAGUAACUUACAGUUGUACUUCAGUUGUGUUAUUGUUUGUGACGGGUCUCAUCAAACAGCACAGUGGGAUUUACUGUGGCCUGGGCUGUCUUCAGACUCACUAGGUAGGAAAGAUCGACCUUGAACCCUUCGUCAUCCUGGCUUCCCCUCCCAAGGGAUUACAGCCAUGUGCUACCACUCCCAGAAGGCUCUGGAAAUUCUUGUAUGAAAAUUGUCUUUCCUUGUUUUUUAAGUGACAGAAAACUUGGUUGAUUUCAUCAUAUAUGUGCAAACUCUCCGGGAGCAGUGGGUGAAAGCAGGCGAGGAGACAGACAGACUGACAGGUCGGUCUAUCUUACGGUCUCUAAGACCAGCUCCGUGUUAACCUAAGCAGCACUGUCUAGCCUGGAGCUGAUCCGCCUGCAUCUGCCUUCCUGGUGCUGAGAUUAAAGAUACAAACCACCAUUCCCAGGGACAGUUUCAUUUUAAUAAAGGUUUAAACAUGAGUUGGCAGACUGUCUCUGAAGAGCCACCUAGUAAAUGUUUAGGCUUCUUGGCCCAUGUCUAACCGCUGCAGUUGCAGGGUAUGAGUAUCCACAGGUGGUAUAUAAUAUAUGCACUUUUUAUGGACAUUGGAAUUUGGUUUUGUUGUUUUUCAUGUGUCCUGAAAUAUUUUUCUCAACUACUUAUCAAUAUAGAAGAAACUAAUGGUGUUUCAUAGAUUAGCAACAGCACAAAGCCAGGGAACCAGUAGAUUUGGACCAUAGUUGUGGACCCUGUUCUAAAGAACUCUGUGUUGUCAGCAGAAUAUUCCUUUGGGCCUUUUCACAGCUGUAAGAACAGGUCAUUUUUUAAAGCAUCUCGGGUCUUAUUAAUUCGGGGAUGUGAUGGCACCAGACUGCUUGUGCCGGGCUUUUCCACGUAUCUCUUCAGAGCUUUUAUUCUAGAAUCCAGCUUAGGGAAACAGUUGGCCAGGUGAUAAGCAAUUGCCCACCAAACAUGUUAAAGUAAAUCUUAAUUUAUUUGUUUUUGAGAACGUGUCCUGGUGUGUGUAAAGGACUUCUUUACAGAUAUUUUCUAAUAGUGCUGUCAUGACUGAAAAUAUGGCUCAGCCUUUUCUGGAACAUGCCCUGGCUGUCUCACCUCGCCUCGCCUCUGACUUUCUGCCUGCUUUUCGUGGACUAUGGCACUGUGCUAGGUGUUUGUAUUUUUAGACACAUUAGAUGGAGAGUCAUGACCUUCACUGGCUAUCUCUGGAAAUGCCACUUGGGUCAUGACACUGCUUUGUACAGUGUGUGCUGUACCAGUGUGUGUGCCUUGACGGCAGUGACGUCGGCAGAUGGAGGCGGUGAAACUUGACCUCUGACGAUUCCUGGCACACAGUCUGGGCCGCUGUGUGUGCCUAGCCUCUCCCUGCAAUAGUCAGCGCUGCCGGAAAUGCUGCGGCUCAGCAGUCCAGGGUUCAGUGAGUUCCAUGGGAAACGGCACCAGUCGACUCUACAGUGCUCUUGCCAAGACCGUCAACAGCAGUGCAGCUGCUCAGCACCCGGAGUACUUGGUGUCAGCUGACCCCGAACAUCUGGAGCCCAUCGAUCCUAAGGAACUUCUUGAGGAAUGCAGGGCUGUUCUGCACACUCGGCCACCCCGGUACCAGAGGGAUUUUGUGGACCUGAGGACAGAUUGCUCCAGCAGCCACUCUCCCAUUCGAGUCAUGCAGUGGAACAUCCUCGCCCAAGCUCUCGGAGAAGGCAAAGACAACUUUGUGCAGUGCCCUGUGGAAGCGCUCAAAUGGGAAGAGAGGAAGUGCCUGAUCCUGGAGGAGAUCCUGGCUUACCAGCCAGACAUCCUAUGCCUCCAGGAAGUGGACCACUACUUUGACACCUUCCAGCCGCUCCUCAGUAGACUGGGCUACCAAGGCACGUUUUUCCCCAAACCCUGGUCACCAUGUCUAGAUGUGGAACACAACAACGGUCCAGAUGGCUGUGCCUUAUUUUUUCUCCAAAACCGAUUCAAGCUUAUCAGCAGCACCAAUAUUAGGCUGACAGCCAUGACCCUAAAAACCAAUCAGGUGGCCAUCGCACAGACCCUGGAGUGCAAGGAAUCUGGGCGACAGUUCUGCAUCGCUGUCACCCACUUAAAAGCCCGCACUGGCUGGGAGCGGUUCCGGUCAGCUCAGGGCUGUGACCUCCUCCAGAACCUGCAAAACAUCACACAGGGAGCAAAGAUCCCCCUGAUAGUCUGCGGGGACUUCAACGCAGAGCCAACUGAAGAGGUCUACAAACACUUUGCUUCCUCCAGCCUCAAUCUCAACAGUGCCUACAAGCUGCUGAGUCCCGACGGACAGUCGGAGCCUCCCUACACAACCUGGAAGAUCCGGACCUCAGGGGAGUGUCGCCACACGCUGGACUACAUCUGGUACUCCAGACACGCGCUGAGUGUCACGUCCGCCCUGGAUCUACUCACUGAAGAACAGAUUGGGCCCAACCGGCUCCCAUCCUUCCAUUACCCCUCGGACCACCUGUCACUGGUGUGUGACUUCAGCUUUAACGAGGAGCCCCAUGAGCUCUUUUAAUCACAAGUCUUAACCAGGGAUGUUUUGGGGAACUGAACUAGGAUAGGAAGUUGCCUGGAAAAGAACACCCAGUUUCUGCCACUACUCUCCAUCAUUUCCAGCAUGCCCUUGAAAAAAACAUUGUUCACAAACCUUUCCAGCUAAAGCCUGCAUUGAAAAGGUGUUUGCACUCCAGUUUGAGCUUGUUGUUCAUUUGUGUACCAUCCUCUACCAUUUAGGGGCAUUAUGUAGCAUAGGCUUUCUGUUUUUUAGUUGAGUGUAUUAUAAAAACCCAGUUUGUAAGCCCUUCAGAAUUAAAGUAAGAUGUAGGAAGUUUUCUAGACAUCAUUUCAAGUUAUUUAUUUGUGGGAUUUUUAAAUGUCAGUGGAAAAAAUGCAUGGUAAUAUUUAUUUUUUUAUAUCUUAAUGUAAAAUAAAGUGGAUUAUAUAGCAUUGUGGACAUUUUAGAACCAUGCAGGUACAGUCUUAAUUCCUUAAAAAUUAAAAAUGUUUUUAUUUGCUGAUCUAACAGAAUCACUGUUACACUAAGGAACCAUUUAGCCCUGAGGGAUUUGUGACUGUGUGUGUACAUUCUUCACAAAUAAUCCCUGUUUGCUAUGCCUUUGACUUAUCUGUUGUAUUUUAAAGAAAUUCUGUAGCAUUCAGUUCUUUAGUUUCCACUGUUUAGUCACUGCUAGGUACUUGUGCCUUUUCUGUUGUGAUGACAUUGGUAGACAUGUGAAGAUUACUCCAAACACUUCUUCUGGAAUGUGCUUUUUAUAAGUAGCUUUAGGAACAGUUCUGGAACAGUUGCUAGGAAUAUUAGUGAGAAAUCAUAUCAAGAUGACAUGUGAGCCCAACAUUCAGCUGAAACAAGAAAGCCCACGUCUUGGAGGCCAGCUUGGGCUAUUAUGUCAAGACCCUUUCUUGAAAAAGCCCCAGAGACAGCCAUAUUGGGUUCAAAAUUUCUAGAAAAAUGUAAGAGUCAAAAAGAUAACCUGGAGUUCUCUUUCAAUUGUUGAAGCCUCUUCCAAACAAAAUAACCUACCCGUGGUAAGAUGGUAAAUAUCUUAAUGUAUGAGUUCUAUUACUUAAGAUUAAUAAAUGGACU